UUCCCUUGAUUCGAUUAUGACCAUCUAUUGAAUGCAACAUCUUUAGAUUGAUAUAGAACGCAUCGGAUCUUCUUGAUGAUGACAAGCCAAAUGACUUUAAACCCCACCCUUUUGGAUAGAUUAGGGACUUUGCCGCCCAAACUUGAAGGCAAUCACCCAACCUCCAGUAAUCGCCGAAUAUUGUGCAAAAAUUGGAAGAGAAAGCUCAAACACAUCCAUUUGCCUUUGGUUUUGGAGAGCAUAAGUUCAAUCCACGAGAGAUCCACCACUCAAAACGAUCAGCGCGCCAUGGACAAGUUCAAGUUGGCCGAUAAAUACAAAGGAUUGGAAAGGAACGUGUGGGUCGAGUUCAUUGCCCUGGCUUUGGAAACGAAGCCUCUCAAUCUGGGUCAAGGGUUUCCCGAUGAUUUGGUGCCGGAAUAUGUGCCAAAGACCUUGAGUGAAGUAGUCAAUGAAGAUCCGGUGCUCAACAAUCAAUAUACCCGAGGUCAUGGACAUCCACGCCUCGUCAAGGCUCUCUCGACUCUUUACACAAAGUUAUUAAACAGGGCUAGCCCCAUUGAUGCCAAUAAAGAGGCUCUGGUCACUGUCGGGGCCUAUGAGGCCCUUUUCACGGCCAUCAUGGGCUUUGUCAAUCCAGGGGACGAAGUCAUCAUCAUCGAGCCCUAUUUUGACUGCUACGAACCCAUGGUGAAGUUGGCCGGUGGUGUGCCCAAAUUCAUUUCUUUGACUCCCACCAAAACUGAGGGGCAUAUCACCUCUGAGGAUUGGAAGUUGGAUCCCACCGAAUUGGAAAAACUGUUCACCCCCAAGACUAAAGCGAUCAUUUUUAAUAACCCGAACAAUCCUUUAGGCAAAGUGUUCAAGCGCGAUGAAAUCGAAAUGAUCGCUGAUUUGUGUAAGAAACACAAUGUCUUGGUCAUUUCGGAUGACGUCUACGAGCACAUGGUGUUUGAUGGAGAAAUGAUCCGGAUGGCCACACUUCCGGAUAUGUGGGAUAGGACCAUCACGAUUGGAUCGGCUGGCAAAACUUUCUCGGUGACUGGAUGGAAAUUGGGAUGGGCCGUGGGACCCGAGCAUUUGAUCAAAAAUUGUCAAAUUGUUCAUCAGAACUGUUUAUAUGCGUGUAACACGCCGGUUCAAGAAUCCGUGGCAAGGGCCUUUGAAUACGAGAUAUCCAAAAUGGAUUCUCCGGAUUGUUAUUUCACCACCAUUUCGAAGGAUCUUCAGAAGAAACGCGAUUAUAUCGCUAACAUUUUGAAAGAGGUGGGCAUGAAUCCGGUCAUUCCAGAAGGUGGAUAUUUCAUCAUGGCCGAUUGGAGCAGCUUAGCUGACAAGAUCGAUUUGAGUUCCGAACCGGACACUCACCGAGACUACAAAUUCGUGAAAUGGUUGUCCAGGCACCGAAAAUUGCAGGGGAUUCCCCCAUCCGCCUUCUUCUCCGAGCCACAUAAACACAUCGGGGAGAACUACAUUCGCUUCUGCUUCAUUAAGAAUGAAGACAGCUUAAAGAAAGCGGAACAAAUCUUAAAGGACUGGCGGAAAGAGCUCAACUAAGGACCUCUCACAAGGAUAUGCUGUUGUGUUUUUUAAGAAAUAAAUACUCGAAAUCAA